AAGCAGGGCAAGGCCGGUCUUCAAAUGAAGAGUCCGGAGAAGAAACGUCGCAAGUCCAACACGCAGGGCCCCUCCUAUUCCCACCUCUCGGAGUUUGCCCCCCCUCCCACCCCGAUGGUGGAUCACCUGGUGGCCUCCAACCCCUUUGAAGAUGACUUUGCCAUCCCCAAGGUUGGCUCUUCCUCCGCGCCCUUCCUCGGCAACCCCGGCCCCUUCGGGAACUUCCGCAUGCAAGGAGCGAUGGGCCCCCAGGUCCCACCCAGCUAUGGUGGGGGGCCCCAGCCCAUGCGGAGGCAGCCGCCCCCCUUUGGACCGAACCAGAUGGGCCCGGCGUUCAACAUGCCCCCCCAGAAUCCCGGCUACGUGCAACCCGGCGGGAUGGGCUUUGCCGGGCAGCCGUUCGGCCAGCCACUGGGACAGAACUUCAGCCCCCCCAGUGGACAGCUCAUGCAGGGCCCCAUGGGGGGCUUCGGCCCCAUGAUGUCACCAACCAUGGGGCAGCCCCCACGCGGAGGAGACAUGGGCUCUGGGCCAGCCCUCAACCCUCCAGGGGGGCCGCCCAUGGCCCAGCGAUUCAGCCAGCCCGCCAACCUCUUUGGACAGUCCCCCCUGCAGCGACCCAACCCCAAUCUUGCCAGCCUGCCCCCCAACCCCAGCCCCUUCCCGGGGCCCGAUCCCGGCUUCCCCCCCUCUGCCGAAGACAGCGGGGCCGGCAAGCCCCCCCUCCACCCGCCUCCCAACAGCUUCAACCAGGAACAGCACACCGGCUCGCCGGCGGCCGUCAACGGCACCCAGCCCGCCUUCCCACCCAACAACACCGGUCACAGCGGCCCCACCGGCACCUCGGAAGGCAACCCCUUACCUCCCUCCAGCAAGGCAGCUGGCAACUCCGGGCACCAGCCCCCGCCCGGCCUGGUCUACCCCUGCGGGGCUUGUCGUAGCGAAGUGAACGACGACCAAGACGCCAUCCUGUGCGAGGCUUCGUGUCAGAAGUGGUUCCACCGGGAGUGCACGGGCAUGACGGAGAACGCCUACGGGCUGCUGACCACCGAGGCCUCGGCCGUUUGGGCCUGCGACUUCUGCCUGAAGACCAAGGAGAUCCAGUCGGUCUACAUCCGGGAGAGCAUGGGGCAGCUGGUGGCCGCCAACGACGGCUGA